CAUCUAACAUCUGCUCCAGAGUGUGUGUGUAUGUGUGUGUGUGAGUGAAUGUGUUUCUCUCUUAUUUAUUUGUGCUGUUUCCCUUUCAGCUAUAUUUUUCUUAAUUUGUAAAAUUAUCUGUUGCUGGAGCCAUCUGGCAACCAGCGAUUUUGUUUUGUUCUAUAUAUAAAGAUAAUAUAUAUUUAUAUAUAUAACAAGCCGCCUUUAGAAAUCCACCGAGAGAAGGGGGCCAGUUCACUCUGUUAAAAGGCACUGCAGAGGAAUACGUUUUGACUGGAGCGGAGUCCUCUUUCUUAAGGAACAAGCUUUUAUCAACAUGGAGUGGGUGAGGUACAGCGUUUUGCUGUGGCUGCUCUCGGUCUUUCAGCCGCACCAAGUCUGUCCUGAGAAGAGGAAUCUCAGGAGGAUCACUUACGUGCUUCACUCGGGCAAGCGUCACCCGGCGAGCGGCCGGGCUAGUGUGUCUGCUUUCGGCACCAGGCACGGCGCUUCCUCCUCUUACACAGCCAGGGCGCAGGGCUCGGCUCCAGUACUGGAGGUGAAAACCACUUACAGGAGGAGCUCGCCUCAGGUCAGGACCCGGCGGAUGGGCAAGGCGAGCCCGCAAGUCCAGCAGCAGAUCGCUCAGUUCCAUCCACACCAGUACUACCAGCAACAGUCCAUUAGACACCCUGUGCACUACCAAAAACAACAGCUUAACGGAGUUAAUGUUUGUGGCGGUCAGUGCUGUCAUGGAUGGGCCCAAGCUCCUGGCUCUCAAAGAUGCACCAAGCCAAAUUGUUCUCCAAAGUGCCAAAAUGGAGGGAUGUGCCUACGGCCCCAGCUCUGCGUGUGUAAACCAGGCACCAAAGGCAGAGCCUGUGAGGAGACGACAUCCAGUGCUCAUCCCACAAACAAUCAGGACACUGUGGCACAGGGGCAGCCCAUCCCGCAACAGGUGCCCCAGCAGACCGUGACCCAGAGAUUGGUGCAACCUCCUCAGAAGAUCAAUUCACUGGGCCACAUGUCUCUGACUGUGAAACAGAAACCUUCCAUGAUGGUGCCCCAGCAGUCUCACAUGGUGCCUCUUCCGUCUCAACCACUGAUGAUGCUUGUCCAACGUGGCCAAUCUCAACAGUUCACAUUUAAACCCAAAUAUUACAGCCAGAAGUUUUAUCCUGGAGGACAGGCUGCAGAAAGUUCGCUGCCUCAAACUUCGUCUGGGAACCCGUUCCAAGUCGGAAACCACACGGGUCGCAUCAAGGUGGUCUUCACCCCCACUAUCUGCAAAGUGACCUGCAUGAAAGGCAAGUGCCACAAUAACUGCCAACAGGGGAACACCACAACCCUCAUCAGUGAGAAUGGCCACGCUGCGGAUACUCUGACAGCGCAGAACUUUCGUGUGGUGGUCUGCCACUUGCCCUGCAUGAAUGGAGGACAGUGCACUUCCAGGAACAAAUGCCAGUGCUCUCCUCAUUUUACCGGCAAGCUCUGCCAUAUCCCGGUGCAGCCUUCUAAUGGCCAGCGGCAUCCCCAGCAGCCUGGUAAAGCUCCGACCUCAUCGGUAGUUCAUUCGACACACACCCUGCCUCUGUCCGUCGGUGGGAAGCCGGGCCUACAGAUGAAGUUCCCUCCAAACAUAGUCAAUAUCCAUGUUAAACACCCACCGGAGGCAAAUGUGCAGAUCCACCAGGUCUCCAGAGUGGACAGCUCCUCCUUGGAACAGACGGUCAAUGGUGUCAAGACGAGGCAGCAGCAGAUCACUUACCAUGCACCAAAUCCUUCAGUCCCUCAUGUACCGAAUUCUGUCUACACUCACCAUCAGCAAGUUCGCACCCACCAUUUUCCCAGAACACACACCAAGUUAGGACGCUGCUUCCAGGAAACCACAGGCACACAGUGUGGGAAACCUCUUCCUGGCCUUUCAAAGCAAGAAGAUUGCUGUGGAACUGUGGGUACUUCUUGGGGUUUCCACAAAUGCCAGAAAUGUCCUAAGAAGCCGUCUUUCCCCGUUCGAGGAAAUGGACAAGUGGUGGAGUGCCCCGUGGGUUACAAGCAGGUUAAUGCUACACAUUGUCAGGCUGAAAAUCUUUUAAUUGAAGAGAAAGGGCCCUGCUACCGGUUUGUCAGUGCAGGAAAGCAGUGCAUGCACCCUCUGUCUGUGCAGCUCAGCAAGCAGAUGUGCUGUUGCAGCGUUGGCAAGGCCUGGGGCACAAACUGCGAGAAAUGUCCCAUUCUGGGAACAGCUGCCUUCAAGCAAAUCUGCCCCGGUGGAAUGGGCUACCAUGUUAGUCAAACCUUCAAGAAGGUUACUAUCAAGCCUGGGUCUGAGAGUAAAUUGCAGAAGCUUCCUGACUCUACCAUGAGUCAUCCUGAGAUUAAACACUCUGAUCCGAUACCUACUCCAGCCAAGGUACCACCAGAACAACAGCCCUUAGAAGCUUUCCCAUCAACUGAGACUCAACAACCAGCGGUGUUAAUACCAGAAGUGGCCACCAGCACACCUGAACAGGAACUUGUAAAAGAUGAGCGCGUUGUGGAAUCUGGCCUGCCCCAGCUAUCGCCCAGCAUUACAACCAUCCAGAUAAACUCUGGCUUCCCUGAAGUGGUGGAAAAAACCUCACCCCCGAACCCGGUCCACAUUGCUCCAGAUGUGUCUACUUCCAGUCUGACCCAUUUCAUUGCAUCUACUCAAGUUGCAGAAAUCGAUGAGUGCUCGGUUGAUCCUCGAAUCUGUGGACCUGGCCAAUGUAUCAAUCUACCAGAGGGAUACACGUGUAACUGUAAUCCUGGCUACCAGCUCAACGCAGUGAAAACUGCUUGCAUUGAUGUAGAUGAAUGUGCCCAGGACCAACGCCCAUGCUCCCACGGACACUGUAAGAACACAGUGGGAAGCUUCCGCUGCCUCUGUCACCACGGGUUCACAUCAGACGGAGGAACAGAAUGCUCUGAUAUUGACGAGUGCCUGAGGCCCAAUAUCUGUGGAGAUGGUCAUUGCAUUAAUGUUGUAGGCUCCUACAGGUGCCAAUUCUGUGAUGCUGGAUAUAAAAUGAACAGAGGCCAGUGUGAAGACAUUGACGAAUGCCAGGAUUCCAACAAAUGUCCGUCUGGAAGAUGCAUUAACAAUCCUGGCUCUUACGAGUGUGUGUCUUGCCCAGAUGGAUACACAGGCAGAAAUGGCCAAUGCGUAGAUGUUGAUGAAUGCCUCAACAGAUCGACCUGUGCAAACGGCAGAUGUUCGAACCUAGAGGGGGCCUACAUCUGUACCUGUAACCGAGGCUAUGAACCAUCCCCCGAUGGCAAACUGUGCAAAGAUGUGGAUGAGUGUCAAGAUGCCAUUCUGUGCACCAAUGGGCAAUGCACAAAUACAGAGGCCUCCUUCUACUGUGAAUGCGACUUGGGUUACCAUCUGACCGCUACAGGGGACCAGUGUGAAGACAUAGAUGAAUGCCAACAAAACUUGGAUACUUGCCAAGGAGGUGUGUGCAUCAACAAUGCUGGCUCCUUUACAUGCACGUGUCCAGGUGGCUUCCAGCUGGUGGAUGGUGUUCGGUGCCAAGAUGUUGAUGAAUGUGCAGAUGGCACCAAAUGCCGUGAUGGAUCUUGUGUCAACACCGAAGGCUCCUAUAGAUGUGAAUGUGCCAGAGGCUAUCGCCUGAACCCUCCCAGUGAAACAUGCGUUGAUGUUGACGAAUGUGCAAACAGCACAGUGUGCGGCAGCCAUGGAUUCUGUGAAAACACAGCUGGGUCCUUCCGCUGUCUCUGUGACCGGGGCUUCCAGGAUCUACUGGAGGGGCAAGGGUGUGUGGAUGUAAACGAAUGUGAAGCGAUCAGCGGGGUUUGUGGUGAAGCUGUCUGUGAGAACGUCGAUGGCUCAUUCCUUUGCAUCUGUCCGGAUGAUGUCCAGGAAUUUGACCCAAUGACCGGGGAGUGCCGCUCCCCUGAGCCUUCAGUGCUCGUACAGGCGGAAGGGAAAAGGGAAUGCUACUACAAUCUAAAUGAUGCCCACUUCUGUGACAAUGUCCUGACUUCCAACGUCACCAAGCAAGAAUGUUGCUGCACCCUGGGAGCAGGCUGGGGUGAUAACUGUGAAGUGUUCCCGUGUCCGAUGUUUGGCACUCCUGAAUUUGCUGCCAUGUGCCCUGAGGGUAAGGGCUUCAUUCCUAACGGAGACUCGGCCUAUGGAAUCAGUGGACACAACUACAGAGAUGCUGAUGAAUGUGUUUUAUUUGGACAAGAGAUCUGUAAGAAUGGCUUUUGCCUGAACACACAGCCUGGCUACGAAUGUUACUGUAGACAAGGCUUCUAUUAUGAUCCAGUCAAACUGCAAUGUCUUGAUAUCGACGAAUGUCAGGAUAUAGCGAGUUGCGUAAAUGGGCAAUGCCUUAACACUGAAGGUUCGUACAACUGUUUCUGCACACUCCCAAUGGUCCUGGAUCCUUCGGGGAAACGCUGCACGCAGCCUUUAGAUUCCGAUGAUAUCGAUGAGUGCCAGGAUCCAUCAAAUUGCAUCGAUGGUCAAUGCAUUAACACUGACGGCUCGUACAACUGUUUCUGCACAUACCCAAUGAUCCUCGACUCUUCAGGGAAACGUUGCAUUGAGCCUCCAGACACUAUUGAACAAACCACUGAAGAGGAUGUGUGCUGGCAGGCUGUGAGCAGUCAAAUUGUUUGUGGGUCACCCCUGGUGGAUCGGAGGACUACCUAUACUGAGUGCUGCUGUAUGUAUGGAGAAGCCUGGGGUAUGGACUGUGCUCUUUGUCCCCGUCGAAACACAGUUUACCAGUUAAUAAACCUGAAAUAG